AUGACUACCAUUCAGAAGCAAGACUGGCACCACUCGGGCUCGGGAUGCUGCAGCCCGGUCGGCACUUGCUGCCUCUCAUGGUGGUGCCCCUGCAUCCUCUACGGCAAGACGCGCCAUCGCUCCAAAAACGACGGAAACAUGGGAAGUUACUCGUGCUGUAACAGCUCUUGCAUGGCCUUCUGCGGCCUCGCCUGCCUCGGCCUCUCCUUCAUCCUCCCCAUGAUGAACCGCGGCGACGUCCGCGCAAAGUACCACCUCAAGGGCAACGGCUGCGGCGACUGCAUGUGCGCUUGCUGCUGCACGCCGUGCGAUCUGACGCAGCAGGAUAAGGAGGUUACGUAUCGCGAGGAGAGUAAGGGGUUGUUGCAGCAGCAGCCUGGGAAGGAGGGCGGCAUGUAUUAUGCGCAGCAGCCGCAGCAGCCGCAUUUUCAUCACUAG